AUGGCCGCGACCGCUGGAGCUUCCCUCUUUAUCAAUGGCCGGAUUCUGUCCAAGGCCGAAGUCGGCCUCGAGGGCAAAGCCACAUUUGCCGAGGGCAUGUUUGUCAAGGACGGCGUCAUCAAGGCCAUCGGCUCGCAGGCUGAGCUUGCCGAGUUCCAGGGCGAUGGCGUCGUCACGCAGGACUUGAAAGGACAGACCGUCUUGCCAGGCUUCGUCGACGGCCACAUGCAUCUGCUCCUGCUUGGCCAGGCGCUGCGCAAGGUCGGUGUCGAGCACUGCAAGACGCGGGAUGAUAUCCUGGCGACGUUGCGCGAGUACGCCAAGGCAAACCCCGAUGUGCCGCGAAUCCUAGCCAAGGGAUGGAUGCACUCCAUGACCCCAGACGGCGUUGAUGCGUCGAUGCUGGAUGAUAUUGACCCGCGGCCCAUCUUCGUCGACACCAAGGACCUCCACUCGACAUGGUGCAACUCGGCCGGUCUCGCAGAGAUGAACCUCGGCGAUAUGCCCGACCCUGCAGGCGGAACCAUCCAGCGAGACGAGCAUGGCAAGCCGAAUGGUGUUUUGAACGAGGGUGCUGUACUGAGCAUCGCAUGGCCGCAUCUCGCGCAGGUGGCCACUAUCCAAGAACGCAUCGACUGCAUGAUGGCGGCCUUUGCGUCGUACCACGCUUCUGGAUACACUGGAAUCGUCGAGAUGGCCAUGGAUGAGCCUGCGUGGGAUGCCCUCCUUGCGCUGCGAGAACAGCACCCUGACUUUAACAUGCGAAUCGUAGCAUAUUGGCUCAUCAAGCCCUCCAACACCGAAGAGGAGCGAUCUCGACAGGUGACCAAGGCCAUCGAGCUGCGCAAGCAGUUCAACAAGGAGACGUCGCCGGAUCUGCGCAUCGCCGGCAUUAAAAUCAUCUGCGACGGCAUCAUCGACGCCUGCACAUCGUACCUGUCGGAGCCGUAUGCCGUAGCGCCGUCGCCUCCCCCGGUGUGGACCCCGGAGGACCUCGAUCCCAUCGUGAAGCAGGCCGCCGACGCAGGCAUCCAGAUUGCCCUCCAUGCUAUUGGAGACGCCGCUAUUCGCAUGGCGGUGGACAUGCUCGAGAAGCACACCCAGCCCGGUGGUCGUCACCGCAUCGAACAUCUGGAGCUGGCAUCGCCUGAAGAUGCUAAGCGACUGGGAAAGCUUGGCCUCACGGCGUCGAUCCAGCCCGUACACGCUGACCCGGCGAUUCUGCGAGCUUGGCCUCGUCUCAUCGGCGAGCAUCGAUGCGGCCGUGCCUUUGCGUAUCGCGAGUUUGCCGACGCCGGUGCGCUGAUGGCCCUAGGAAGCGACGCCCCGACUGCUCCGUGGAACCCUCUGCACAACAUCUACGUUGCCACGACACGACGAUCAGCCCGAGAGCCCGAGUGCGACGAGGUGGUCAACGAGCAUUUCCGCCUCGGCAUCUGCGAAUCAGUCGUCGCUGGCACGGCGGGAGCGGCCCAGAGCGUGUUUGCCGAUGAUCGAGUAGGAAGCCUAGAGGUAGGCAAGCUUGCAGAUUUCGUCGUAGUCGACAUGGAGUGGGAUGCGCGUACUCUGCUCAAGUCGCAGAUGAAGGAGACGUGGUUUGGCGGGAAGAGAGUUUGGAGUAGUUAG